AUGACGUGUGCAAAUAACCCGUUCAAAUUUCUAUUCCAUGUUAUUUUCACAAUUCUUUUUUUACUCGUAAACAUUACAUAUCAGGAGUAUCGUUCUUUAAAUGGAGAAGGAAAUAACAGAAAUGAUCCUUUAGCUGGUGUUAUGAAAACUCCCUUCGCGAGAAAUGUUCCAUCAAUGUCUAACUUCGCGGAUGAAAAUUUUAGUAUGAUUCCCACACCAGGAAAUUAUACUACCAAUGUCCCAAAUGCAUUCCUUGCUUGUAAUGCUACAUUACCCGACGGCAUAUUUCCUUUGCCUAGAUGUGUUAGUAAUAAAUUAAUGUCUAUGCAAAUGAAUGAAGAUGAUAUAUUCGAUCUAACACGUUUGGAGAAGUUCAAAAGUAAACGGGAUAUUUCUCAUGUCUUAACAUUUUGGGGAUUUUUCAUGAUAAUGGACGUCAGUGCUGGAUCAAAAUUGGGAGAAAAUUAUCCAACAGGGAUUUAUAUUCCUCAGGGCGAUAUAUCGUAUUUAUCUAGCUAUAGGAACGGUCCAAAACCAGCAAACUUUACUUUUGCUAAUGAAUCGUUACCGUUUAAUCGAUCAGAACAAGGAGGUGGACAAACAGGAAUAAAUAAAGUCACUUCAUUUGUUGACGCGUCUACAAUUUAUGGUAACAAUGCUGAUGAUUUGCAACGAAUUAGAGAUUAUGGUAAUAACGGGAAAAUGCGGUUAGAAAUAGAUAAUUCAACGCCCGAUGGGGAGUUAGGAUAUCCAUAUGUUGAUGAGAAUGGAGGAUACAUAUUGGGAUAUCAUGUAAAAUUUAGAAACGUUUUUACAGAUUUGUUUCACGUAAUUCUCCUACGUGAACAUAAUCGAUUGUGUGAUGAAUUUUUUGCCAUUCAUGGAAAUGAUUGGGACGAUGAACAAUAUUUUCAGGAAGCUAGAAGAUGGGUUAUCGCUUUUAUUCAAAGAAUAAAUUAUUAUGAAUAUCUCGGAACUGCAUUGGGAAUUCCUUUGCCAAAAUAUGAGGGAUAUAAACCAGAUCUUAAACCGGAGAUCGAUACUUUCUUUGCUACCGUAACUUAUCGUUAUGGUCAUUCCGAAGUUAGCAAUUUUUAUGAUAUUGUAAAUUAUCAAGGAAAGCCGCUUGCAACUUUGCCAUUGAAUGAUUUACAAGUGCCUGGAUUAUUAAAAACCUUUGGAAUUCCAUCAAUUGCUCUCUCGAUGGCACUUCAAAGACAAGAAGAAGUCGAUAUCUACUACUCUGAUUUUAUGCGAAGUGUUACUUACAGGGCAGUAGAACAAUUAGAUAUUGCCAGUUGUGAUAUUGUACGAAGUAGAGAUCAUGGUAUUCCAUUAUACAAUGAUGCAAGAGUAGCAUUUGGUUUACCAAAAAAAACAUCUUGGGCAGAUAUUUCGAGCGAUCCUGAUGUGCAAAAAAGAUUGGAAGAUACCUAUGGAUCCGUAGAUCGAAUUGAAGCAUUAAUGGGUGGAUUGGCAGAAGAUCAUAUUAAUGGAGGAAAUUUGGGAGAAUUGUUUUAUAAAAGCUUUUCAGAACAGUGGAUUAAAAUUAGAGAUUCAGACAGAUUUUGGUUUGAAAAUAAAGAUGCGGGUUUCAGUAAAGAAGAUAUAGCAAAAAUUCAAAAUACAACCUUAUUAACUAUUUUAAUGAGGAAUUCCCCAAAAUCAUCAUUAUAUCCGCAAAAUCUAUGGUCUGUGCAACCAACAAGUUCAUUAAAGAUGCCUGAAGACAGUAAAACUUAUAAUGAUACCAUAACACUUUCUGAUGGAUUUAUUCUUAAAUGGAAAAUAGAUGGUUCUGACAUUACUUUCUUGAUUACAUUGGGUAGUACAAAUUCAUGGUUUGGAAUAGGAUUUAAUCCUGGGGGUGAUGCUAUGUCAGGAACCGACAUGAUGAUAUUUCAAAAUCAAGAAAAAGAAGGUUCUAAUGAAAUUACCGUCACUGGAAAGAAUUACAAAGGCAUUGGAAUUGGGAUUAAACCUCAGGAAUUACCUAACGAUCAAAUUAUAACAAUAUUGGGUGAAACAAAAGUUGCGAAUGGAAUGACUCAAGUUGAAGUUAAGCGACCUUUAAAUGCUAAAAAUCGAAAAUCUAUCGAUGAUACUAUUCAAAUGGUUUAUGCUUGGAAUCCUAAUUCGAAUGAAAUAACUUAUCAUGGUGGAAAUCGUGGUAAGAGAGAAGUAAAUUUCCGGAGCGGUAUGAGCUCAGCUCUAGACGGUAGAAUGAGAUUAUUAAUGAUGCAUGGAAUUGUUAUGUUUACUAUUUGGGGAGUUUUAUUUCCAAGUUCGGUAUGGAUAGUCAGAUAUUUAAGGCAUAUCGAUAGCUAUAUGGUUCAGCAUCAAAAUUUAAAUUUAUUUGGAGGAUUAAUUAUAGGAAUGUUUGCCACUGUAGCCAUGUCAGUAACAACUACACACGCAGCAAGUACGCACGCAAAAAUAGGCUUAACUAUAUUUACUAUAACAAUAAUACAAAUUUCUUUGGGCAUAAUGGCGAUUUGGGGAUUGGCUAAUGUUGAAUCUGCAGCUACGGGAAUUGUUCGUAAUUUAAAGCAUUUACAUUUUUAUUUGGGAGGUGCACUGCUUUUAACUGCAUGGGUUAAUAUAUUCUUUGGCAUGAUUCAAUAUAAUGCGAAUAAAGCAUUCAUUUGGGCUUAUGUAGUUUGGUUGAUUUGUUUUGGAUUUGUGAUAACCGCAAGCGAAUUUUAUUAUAAAAUCAAGAAUAUGCAAUUUUUGUGGCCGACAGUAGGCACAAAUGAUGGAACAAACCGGCUUCAAAAGUGUAUUCCUAAUGUAGUUUAUAUGAAUUUACCUGUCGUUACUUGGGAUGAAUUUAAUAAAAGAGUUAUGGCGGGAGCAAAUUUAGUCAUAGCAGAGGAAUUAGUAUUUGAUAUACAUAAAUGGAUUCCUAUACAUCCAGGAGGACAAAGGAUAUUAAAAAGAGUAGUUGGUACAGAUAUUACACGAGAUUUUUUCUUUGAUCCAGCGGAUCAAAUAGUUAUUAUGAAUAACUCUAAUGAUUAUGAUGUACAACGACCUAGUAUCUCGGUAUUAACGGACAAUGCAUAUGGAAGAAUGGAAUAUGAUACAGGAAAGAAAAGACCUCAUAGUGUAGCAAAUGCUGUUGAUAUGAUUAAUGCUACAACAUUUAAGGAUCGUAGAGUUGCGAUGUAUCGUCAUUCAAAAUUUGCUACGUCUAAAUUAGCUAGUAUGGUAGUUGCCAGGAUAGAACAAGAAUCUAAACAAGCAGAAAUACCGCUACAUUGUAAUAUUUUCCGAAGAUAUAUUUUAACCAAUAUUGAAACUGUAACUAAACACAAUGCCAAAAACCCUGUUAAAAAAUUCACAUUUCAGGUUUUACAUCCAGACGAGAAAUUACCGAGAUUCUUUCCUGGUGAUUAUAUUGAAAUCAUGAGUUUUGUUAAUACUCAAGUGAUUACUAGACUAUAUACUCCAAUUCAAGCAACUGAUAAUAGUUUUUAUAUAUUGGUUAAAAUAUACAAAGAUGGCAUUAUGUCUCAACAUUUAAAUAAGCAAUUAAAAAAUUUUGAAAUCAAAGUGAGAGGACCAUUUGAUAUAGCGGAUCGAAUAUUACAAUUAUCAUCGCCAGCUUUAAAACCGGUUUCGAGACUAUCAUCACCAGGUUUACCAGCUCAAUCAUCUUCUAGCGAUCAUUUUUCACGGCAUAAGAAUAAAAACCGUAAUUUAAAUUAUUUACCUGACGGUAGAAGUGGAAUAUUAUUAAAUAUGGAAAGAGAAGAUUUCUGUUGUGAUUAUUUGUUUAUGGUCUGUGGUGGUACUGGGAUCACUCCAAUGUUACAACUGAUACAAUAUCAUAUGGAGAAAGCGGCCACUUUAGAUUCCAAUUUCAAAUUAUUUUUAUUAGUAGCAAAUGAUACAAUAGCUGACCUAAUAUAUCCGAAAUAUUUGGAUAAUUUAGUUCAAGUACUUGAAGGAAAACUUAAAAUUACUUAUAUUUUAUUAAAACCACCACGAUUUUGGAAUGAUUUAAGUGGAUUAAUUGAUGAUACAAUAUUAUAUGAUUGGAUUAGUCAAAAUUAUUCUGUGCCACCUCCUGCAAUUCCACCAAGAUUAUAUUACUGUGAAAGCGAUACUGCUGAUAUUGAAAAUGAUAACUAUAUAACGACAUCAUCAUCACCAUUAUACACAAUUAAUGAGAUGAAUAAUUAUAUGAGACAAUUUACCAUGGAUGAUUCUAAACAGGUUAAAUUAGUUGCUUGUGGUACUAAUCAAUUUAAUGAUAAUAUUCGAAGAUCCUUGGAAAAGUUAGGGUUUCCUAUUGAAGAAAAGGCUAUUUUUCUUAAUUAA